AUGAAGACUGAGAUCCAACAGAGUGUAGGGUGGAAGAAAGCUUACUCUCAAACCAGUGUCUACAACAACGCCGUAAUUACGUAUAUAUCAACAACCAAUUGUAAAUUGUUGCAAACUUCAAAAUCACAUUCAGAAGAAGAAAAAGCAAAAUAUGCAGAGCUCAAACUAGCAGCAUUCAUGGCUGAACAUAAGAUACCUCAUUCAAGUAUGGACCAUCUAUCGGAUUUGCUAGUUGAUGCAUUUCCUGAUUCAAACAUUGCCAAAAAUAUGAAAAUGAAACACACUAAGCUGCAAGUUAUAAUAAAUAAUGUCUUAAGUGAUUCGGAAAAAGCAGCUUUAAUAGCCGAUUUAAAAUCACAAAAAAAAUCUGUACUAAUCGAUGAAAGCACCGACGUUGCAUCUACAAAAACUAUGUGUGUGGUUGUUCGUUAUUAUGACCCGAAGAUAGGGCGCGUGGUCAGUCGACUUUGGGAACUCAUUGACCUUUUUGGCGAAGAGAAUGUAGAUCACACUACAAUUGCAAAACGCCUAUUCGAAGUGCUAAUUAAAUCAUUCGAAGAAAAUUGUGUGCCGCUAAAUAAUAUAGUUGGGUUCGGAUCUGAUGGUUGCAAUACAAUGAUGGGCUGUAACAAUUCGGUUUCAUCAAGAUUCAGGCAGUUAUGUCUAGGAAUAACCAUUAUAAAGUGCGUUUGUCAUUCGUUACACUUAUGCUCGAGCGAGGGUUGCAUAGAACUACCAUCCGAAUGCGAAAAAUUAACACGCAACAUCUAUAACCACUUUAAAACCAGCAGUAAGCGGCAAAGUCAACUGAAAGCUUUCCAAGAGUUUUGUGAUGCAAAAAUACAUAAAAUGUUGCGACCAGCCCAAACUAGAUGGCUCUCCUUAUUAGCCGUCGUCGAAAGGAUCCUUGAACAAUGGGAGGCUCUUAAACUUUACUUUCAUGAUAAAUGGCUUGAAGAUCAUGAAUGCCGUGAAAUACACACUGAAGUGUUAUUGACACUGUCUCAAACGACCACCGCCGCCACCCCGACACCAGCUCGAACGGAGUUACUAUCCACGCAAAUAAAACUGCACAAAGAGGUAGCCAGAUAAUGACAACUGGAAUAAUCUCAAGCGAACGGCGCGUAUCGUAAGCUAGUUUGAUUGUUCAAUUAUACCAAAAUUAUCCCCAUAAUCAUGGACGUUAGAAAAGACAAUUAUUUUAGGAUUACAAUAACUUAUCGUAGAAUUGUGUCGUUGAUGGCAACGCAUCUGUGACUCCUCUGGUGUUGAUCUGGUGUCCAUGGGCGGCGCUAAUCGCUUACCAUCAGGUGACUCGUCUGCUGAUUGCAGCGUUGUUGUAUUCGGAUUAAUUAUUUAAUUUAGAUUAUUGUAUACUUGUUAUAGCACUGACAAUGACCGAAAAUGAUAUUUAUACUGUAAAUAACACCGAUCCGUUAUCAAUCCUUGCAACAAGUCGACGAAACCAAAGACUUUUCUCGAGAUGAUAGUGGCGACGAAUAUAAGCCAGAGAAAUCGGUCCAACGUAGACGUAUUGAUUCAACGUCAUCUAGCUCAUUGUCAAGCUCUUCAUCGUCUACUUCAUCGUCUAAUUCGUCCGAUACUACUAGUAGUUCAUCAUCAACAUCGACUGCUCAAGAUUCUGUCAUAAAUUCUGUAUUAAAUACCAGCCAAGAUUUAGAGUUAUCAUUCGAUACUACUGUUACCAAAAAAGGUAAAAAAAGAGUUCGAAAUGAAUCUGCAUGGAUAAAAAAUUACCGAAAGCACCAACGAAACUCUGGAAAGGUAUACAUUUGUAGAACUGGAAAAACAGUUGCAGUCAAACAGGAGAUAUUUGAAUGUUAUUGGGGCUUGGGAUCGCUACAAAGACAGCGUGAUUUUUUGAACUCCUGUUUAACAACAUUGAAAGUUCCUUACUGCCGAGUAAAAGAAGGAGCUGCCAAAACCAGGAAUCAAAAUUGUGUUUUUCAUUUCACGGUGAAUGGCGAAAGUAAGCAGACGUGCAAACUAUUUUUCAUGAAUACUUUUGGUAUAUUAGAGAGAACAUUAAGAACGGAUAUUGAAGGUCGAAAUAGUUCUAGCACAGGUGGUAUCCCUGAGGACAAGCGUGGCAAACAUGCUCAUCAUAAUCAAGUAAACCCGGAAAUCUCACAAUCGGUUCGUGAUCACGUUAACUCCGUCCCUAGAAUUGAGAGCCACUAUACUCGGGUUAAUACGACUCGUGAACUAAUUGACGGUGGUCUGACUGUUAAAGAAUUGGCUAUUUGACAGUUGUAACAAUAAAAUACGAAACAAGUUUGAUAUGAUAGCUUUAAGUAGACAAUCACUGUAUAAUAAUUGGUUGCAUUAAUAUUAAUUAUAAUAUUUUAUUUUUGAAAUUUAAAUUUGUGAUAUUUGAAUCUGUGCAUUACGAGACCAAAACGCAGCGCGGCCAUGAUUGUACGUCAAGUGACGUCACAUUUUAUUAAACAUUACCGCCGUACGUAAACAGUGACAGCAUUUUACUGAGUUUGCUGCGAAUUGAGUACAUAAUUAUUAUAAUUAACUAUUCUGGUUUUGGUCUUACAAUGGAACCAGGGUUUAUAAAAUUUCUUCAUAAGUAAUCCCGACGACUUUUGCGCUGCCUAAUUUCGGAAUGUUAAAACUACUGUAUCUUCGAGAGAGUCGUAUGGAGAUGAUGCCAUUGGCUAUGUACAAAUAAAAAGGGAGAAUUUGUGCAUUGUGCGCAAACAACCAUACUCUGUGACCAUGGUGAUAGAUGAAAAGCAAGGAGAAGUCAAAACUGUACAGUGUGAAGACUGCCCUGCAUCACAAGGAUAUUGCAAACAUGCAGUGGCAUUUUUAAUGUGGACACAUAGAAGAAGUGAGGAGCCUUCUUGCACUGCCACUGAAUGUUACUGGAAGAAAUCAAUACUUUCAAAAGUAGGCAGUUCUCUGAAAUUCAUGAAAAUAAAAGAGAUGAAAGACGGAAAUAGUUCUUUACCUGGGGUAAAAUUAAGGCGGAAAAUUAAAGAAAUUGGUGACAGAAAUAGCUCUUCGUCUACCCAACAAGAUGAAGGUGUACUGUUUGAUUUUUUAGAAGAGAGUAAAAAACGUAAAUUACAAAAUUGCCAAAUUUUAAAACAUCAACCUGAUUAUGAAUGUGAUAUAGUUCAGUUGCUCUCGUUGCACUAUUUAAGUUACAAAUGUAAUGCGCACAAUGACUGCGAUAAAUUUAUAAAUAGUGUAAAUGCAGUUUUUACAGAAGAGAAUGUCAAGAACAUAGAAAGACUAACACGAGAGCAACAUAAAAGUUCAGCAUGGUUUGAGCUUCGAUAUGCAAGAAUUACAGCAUCAACAGCAUUCGAUGUAAGUCGCUGCAAAACAUCAGAAGGGUCAUUAAUUUCAAUAUUGAUAGGUGCAAAAGUGCCUGAAACAGUUGCCAUGAAGCGAGGCCAAAAAUUAGAAUAUUUAGUAAAAACAGAAAUAAGUAAGCAACGGGGCAAUAUUUCUCAGUGUGGCCUGUUCAUAUGUCAAGAGUAUCCAAUGUUAGCUGCUUCACCUGAUGGGAUUUUAAAUGGUGACACUGUAGUAGAAAUUAAAUGCCCAACGACUGAGAAAACUUACAAAACAUAUGUUUCUAACAAUGAAAUCACUGCAAAAUAUUAUGCACAAGUGCAGUUGCAGAUGCACAUAACCAAACUAAGUGAGUGUUUGUUCUGUGUUGCAUCAUGGGAUUUUGAAGAGAAUCAUCAUAUCAAUAUUGUGCCCAUAAAAUAUAAUGAUAAAUAUAUGAAAGAAUUGUUGGAUAAAUUAACAAUGUUUUGGAAAAAAAAUGUUUAUCCAUUACUUUAUAAUAGUACCAAAUAAAAGAAAUUUAUUU